AUGGCAUCUUUGGAUAAGCUUCAAAAGCUAUAGAACUUUCUCUUCAAUAGCGCGAUAAGGCGUGCUUCCUGGUUUGACUAAAAGGUCUUUGGACCCAUGAAAUCUGAUGUUCCUUCUUUGUAAGAGAGUCAUACAGUGAUAAUAAAGAGUUCUGGCUGAUCAAUCUCGAGAACUUAAAGAGAGGCUAUUUGCAAAUUUACACUUUUGGUUCGUCAAAUGGAUCUGGCGAGCCAAUUCUGGCCGGUACUUGAAAUUAUAAAUGAUAGUUGCCAGAAUUUUAUUAAUUUUCUGAUGGCAAGUAUGAUCAGAAUUUUAAUAAAUGACACAGGAUAAAACAACCCACUUAAAAAAUAUUGUUAAAAUUAAAGUCCCAUUUUAUAAAAGAUACAAUAAAUUUUAAAAAAUUAUUAUUUUAUCUUAAAAAUAUUGUUUAUAAAAAAUUUAUUUAUAUUGAUAUAAUUAUUUUAAAUUUUAUUUUUUAAUAUUUGAAAGAAAUUUAAAAAUAUUAUAAGAAGAAAAUUUUGAUAUCAUUAGUAAAGUUCGUAAAGAGCAACAAGCGCUUAGCACAAACUUUGGCUUUUAUAAAGCAGUUAGUCAUAAUUAAAUUGGCAUUAUUUAUUUAGAAAUUUAUCCUUCCGCAAAAACACAACUCGAUCAACAAGUUUUUAAUUAUUAACUCCAUUUUAAUUUUCUAACGAAAACCAUAUGAGUCAUUAGUAAGUUCGUAAAGAGCAACAAAUAAAUAAAAUUGCAUUCGGAUAGAGAGAAAUUAGCUCUGCUAAUUUUCUCUCUCCUCAUGGAAUUUUAUUUAUAGGGUUAGGUUUUCACUCGAAGACUUCUGGACAGCAAUAGCGGUUUAACUCUGGAGAUAACCAGAGGAACCACUCCUCAGUCCACUCAAGAUUUCGGGCUUUUACCUCUCAGCACAUCCCCACAGGAGGAUGACCCUUAGGCGGAACACGCGCAGGAGCUGAGUCGAGCGACAAGGGCGACGGCAACGCGCCGGGUGAGACGUGCAGCAAGGCCGGUGAAGCAGGAGUUGAUAGAAGGCUUGGACGGGGCUGAUCCGUGCCAAGAUGGCUCGCCUACGUCAUCAGUUUUGCCAUAGGCCCUUUUGGGCUGCGGCACUAGACACCUUAAACGCCAGAUAAUUAAGUAAGUAAGUAAAGAGCAACAAGCGCUUAGCACAAACUUUGGCUUUUAUAAAGCAGUUAUAAUUAUUACCAAAGGAAUUAUUAGAUCGGUUUGAAAGGAAUAAGUUGUCUGAUCCUGUGCCAUUUAUUAAAAUUCUGAUCAUACUCACCAUCAAAAAAUUAAUAAAAUUCUGGCAACUACCAUUUUUCAUUUCAAGUACUGGCCAGAAUUGGCUCGUCAGAUUCAUUUGACGAACCAAAAUGUAAAUUUUUCACACAUCCUCUCUUCAAGUUCUCGAGAUUGAUCAGGCAGAAUUCUUUAUUUAGGCUGUUUUUCUCCCCCCAUGAAUAAAGAAUAGCAAGUUUUCAUAUGUUUAAGAUCAUCCGUAAAAACCUAGGAAUGCUCCUUAUCGCGCUAUUGAAAAGAAACUUCUAUAGAUGAAUAUGAGAAAAAGCUCCGACAGAAAGCAGUGACCCAACCACAAGUAAUGAGAAGGAUGCAGCGUGAUUAUAAGUAUUUCAUGAACGAAGAAGAUGCGAAAUUAUUUGCUGAUGAAUUAUAUCGUAAUCAAAUGAGACUUGCAAUUAGUGGUGUGAUUGGGGUUUUGCUUUCAGCUGCAACAUGGAGAUCUAAAAUUUCAACUUAUCCUUCUAGCACCCAAGUAUUAUUCAGGGUAAUACUUCUACUUGGACCAUUUGCAUAUGCGAUUGAGACAUCUCCUACACAAAGGUUUCUCCAAUUGAAUGAUCAGUUAUAUAUAAAAUACUACAAACCAGUCAUGGAACAAAUGCUUAAAGAGCCAUAA